AUGGCCUCCGCACCUGACUUCUUCCUUGCCCUAAACAGCAGCAGCAGCAGCACAUCGACCCCAACGACCAACGGCCCCCUGAGAGCCAAAGGCAUUGUCGUAUUUUCUGGAGGAAGUGCUGCAAACAAUCUGGUCGAUGUCUUCAACACCGUGCGAGAAGACAAGACGUGUCCCUUGAGCUACGUGAUCCCUAUCAGUGACAACGGCGGGAGCUCCUCUGAGCUUAUACGCGUCUUCGGAGGCCCUGGUAUUGGUGAUGUACGGAGUCGUCUCGUGCGUCUGAUUCCAGAUGAUCCGGACAACGACGAAAGCGAGAAAGCCGCCAUCAAAGCUUUCUUCAAUCACCGAUUGCCAAAAGAGCACGUCUCAGCAAAGCAAGAAUGGCUUCAGAUCGUAGAAGCUCAGCAUCCAAUCUGGACCAACAUCUCCACGGCGAAGAAGGAGCUGAUACGUUCGAUGCUCAACCACGUAGCAUUCGAGAUCAUCAAACGCCUCAGGCCGUCUUCCACUUUUGACUUCUCAGGUGCGAGUAUCGGAAAUCUGUUCCUAACUGGCGCCCGCCUCUUCACCGGCUCCUUCGAAUCCGCCAUCUACCUCCUCUCCAGCAUCUGCUCCGUACCCUCGCACACCUCAGUACUCCCUGCCAUAAACACAAACUUCUCGCACCACAUCUCCGUCGGCCUCGCAGACGGCACCACCAUCAGCGGCCAAAACUCAAUCUCCCAUCCCUCCCAGUCCACAGCCCUAGACGCCCUCUUCCCCCCAACCCGCGACGAAGUGGAAGAACACGACCUUAUCGAAGACGCUAACCUGCCCGGCUCGCUCCCCACGCUGCGAAAACAGUACAUCGCCUUCUCCAAAGCCGCCGAGGAAGAGCUCCCCGCCCGCAUCGAGCGGCUGUGGUACAUCAACCCGUACGGCCAGGAAAUCCGCCUCGCCGCGAACCCCGCCGUGCUGGGCGCGCUGUCCUCGGCGCAAGCAGUCAUAUACAGCAUCGGGUCGCUGUAUACAUCCAUCGUGCCCUCGCUGGUGCUAAAAGGGAUCGGCGCCGCGCUCUCGCAGCCCUCGAUACGCGUCAAGAUCCUGAUACUCAACUCGACGCUCGACCGCGAAACAGGGCCCUCGUCCGCGCCCUACACGGCGCUGGACUUUGUUGCCGCAAUCGCAAAGGCUGCGCUGAACAGCCAGAACGCGUUUCCGCCCGAGGCCCCGCGAGACCGCUACCGCGACUUCGUCACCCACGUCAUCCACCUCGCGGGCCCGGGGACGCCCGCCGUGGAUGCGGGUGCCCUGCGCGCGCUGGGCAUCGAGGCGAUUCGCGUCUACGGGCGGCGGGACGCCGACGACGGCGUGGUCAGGUACGAUGAGAGAGCGCUGGUGCAGGCCCUGGAGGUGACGCUGGGGAAGCGCGAUCCGCGCGUCGUGUCGCGGCGGAACACGGUGGAUGCUGGGAGGGGAUGA